UCAGUUGAGGCUGGCCGAGCACUGACCUACUCAACCCAGGGACAGCUUUAUCUUUAACUUAACUCUUUUAUCAUGAUUACAUAAUGAAGACUACUUCGUGCCAAAUACUAGUAUUAAUAGUAAAAAUCUAAUUACAGUAUUCAGCAACCUGCCUGUGAUCUGAUUUUGGAGCAGAUUAACUUAGAUGAAGAUUGUCCUCGGGAACAAUAAUUGGUAAACAAACACCUCACCUUUCAUAGCUCUUGUCAGACGAUUGGUUGUCAAAGGGAGGGUGUCCACUACAACAACCGGUCUAAGAAGGACAGGGGGUGACCCACUAUCUUCCUCUGAGUUAGCAUCGAGAUUCACCACAAGCGGUCUUUGCGUCAUACUGUGCCCGCAGGAGAGCACCGUCCCCAGCAUGGAUGAGGAGGGCACGCUGAGCCCCUUCGUGUACUGGGCCCAGACAGACGCUACCAUCACCCUCAGGAUCGAACUCAGGAACGUACAGUCUCCCCAGGUGGAAUUGGAGGAUCAGCAGCUGUCCUUUUCAGCAGUGGGUCAUGGUGCACAGGGAGAGAAGAAAUAUGGGUUUACCCUUCACCUCCUCAGACCCAUUGACACAGAGAGCAGCAGAUACAGAGUGUUGGAGCGUAAUGUGGAAUUCAGUCUGAACAAGGUCCAUGUGGAGUUCUGGCCACGGUUGCUGGAGGACAGUAAGAAGCCAGCUUGGCUCAAGAUUGACUUUGACAAGUGGACACAUGAGGAAGAUCUUUCUGACGAAGCAAGGGACAUCAAUGAUGACUUCCCUGGCUUGUAUGAGAAGAUGCAGGCUGAGGAGCUGGGGUGGCCCUCCAAGCGUGGUGUUUCAGGAGAGAGUCUCAAGAAGGUGUACCUGUUCUUGUACAACCUGUGGCAGUUUGUGGGGUUCCUGUACCUCACAGUGGUUACCUGCACCCGUUACCUCAAGAAUGGUCAAGACUCAAUGGCAGGAACGUAUGCAGCAGUGGGAUGGAUGAUGCGACUCUGCUUGAUAACCCAGCUGCUGGAAGUCCUGCAUCCCAUGGUGGGCUACACUCGAGGGCCUGUGUUUACCUCCCUUGUGCAGGUUGGCGGAAGAGGGGUGAUCUUUUUCUGCCUAAUUGAAGGGGAGGAGAGAAUGCAGACCAAGCCUGUCAUCUUCUACCUCUUCCUUGUGUGGUCUAUCAUUGAAUUAGUCAGGUACCCAUACUACAUGCUGCGGGUGUACGACGUGGACAACGGCUUCAUCACCUGGCUGCGCUACACUCUCUGGAUCCCCCUCUACCCUCUGGGCUUCAUCCUGGAGGGGGUCAUCAUCAUAAGAAGCAUCCCAUACUUUGAAGAAACAGGCAAGUUUUCAGUCUCGUUGCCAAAUUCCCUCAACUUUGGAUUCUACUUCCCCAACGUUCUCCGUAUCUAUAUCCUCAUUUUCUUUUUCCCAGCCAUGUACAAGAUGAUGAGCCACAUGUAUCAACAGAGGAAACAAAAACUGCAAAUUCGCCCCAGAACCAAAAAGCUGCAGUAGUGUUAACCUUAUGGACUGGUUUUGGUUGUGUCAUAGGCCACUUGGCCAGUAUGGGGUCAGGUUGAGUAUGCUGACUAUUUAAUGCAGUGUAUUUUCUUGAAGCUCCUGAGUUAAUAUUCAAGAAGGGCCUUGAAGACAUUGAUGGAUAUCAAGGACUUGGAAGGUUACCGUUAUUUAUUAGAGACUGGAGUAACUGUUUAUGAGACAUCCCAUGUUAGAAGUGCUGCUCACGCCAGCCAAAACUGAAAUUACUGUAUAUAGCAUUUUAUUAAGGCUGUAACUUUUGCAUGGGAGUGGAUAAGUGAUCCUUCAAACACUGUAGGUAAGGUAGAAAAAAAAUCCAUUAAGGGAGAGGAGUCCAACUAGUCACAGUGCAGACUCAACACUGCUGAGCAAUAUUCUGCAUAUGAAGGGCUGCCUGUCCAAGAUGAAGAGCCUUUAUAAUGAUGAAAUUUUUCCUGGGCAGAAUCUGUAUUAGAAUGGCAGCUCAACUGGUGCAGAGAGGGAAUCAGCCAAUCAGAGCACUCCUCCUUUAGAAUGACUGCUCUCACCCAGUGGAGGGCCGAUGGCAGCUCACCACUAUUAUACGCUUUUGUUUUUUGCCCUCUUACCACACAGUAAUGCUCCCAACUCUUUUUUGCUUUGUAUGUGUGAGUGUGGUUGUAUGAGUGGCACUUAUGCCAUUGCUCAGUUUCCCCACUGUUUCUCCACUUUAUGUUAUAUGUUAUUGUUAAUAUUGUUAAUUUCAUGUUCACAAAACAUCAUUAUCAUAUGCAGUGUUUACCAAAAACACACUCUAAAUUUAGUGUAACUUCCAAAGGCUGUAAUAUUAGUCGCAAAAAAAAAAGGAUGCAAAAUUUCUGUUCUGCAUGUCAUGAUAUUGAACAGUUUUUAACACUAUAAUGAUUCUAAAUAUCUAUUGAGACUACAUUUAUUCCCUGAGUAUGAAAAAUAACAGUUUUUAAUGUGGGAAGUUAGCCAAACUUUGAGUGCAUUUUUGUUUUGUUUUUAUCCAGCACAAACACCAACCCUUACAUGGCAAGAAUUUUCUGGUGAGAAAUAUAUUAACACAAUACUUUACUCAAUGGAUGUAGUGCCAUGAAAACAUGAUAUUACACUGAGAUUAAAAUAACAGCAAAAUUCAUUCAAUCAAAAACAUCGCAUAGGGUUGUUUUCCAUCUUGUGAUGGAAAGCUCCUCAUCAUUGUAAUGAACACCAAACAUUCAAAUCCAGUAUGUAACAGCACCUUCACUGGGCUCACUAGGUCCUACAUAUCCUUCCUGUGAACCCAUGCCCAACACUAGUCAUUUCUCUAAGUCAUUCCCCCAACCGACGCAGGAGCAUCUCUCAUCACCUCAGGAAGUACACCAAGUGGUAUGUUUGCUGAUUAUGUCAGCUACACCAAGUGGUAUGUUUGCUGAUUAUGUCAGCAAGUCUCCAACAGUAUAAAAAUGCUUCCCACCUCCUCUACACUGUCUUAUGUUUUAAGGUGGAGGGACAUUACAAAUUCAGAAAUACUGAACAUCCUUUUUCAUCACCAACAUCCAUCCCUCUCCAUCUCUUUAUGUAUCUGAUGUUCAACAUAUUUGCAAAUGUUCAUGUGUGUGUGUGUGUUUGCAUUUGUAUAUGUACAUUAAUGUAUGUGUAUUACAUAUUAAUAGUAUCCAAUAAGUUGCUAGAAGUUAAAUAUAUGAAUGACUUCAUACAUAUUCUUUGGAAAGAAUGGCAGAAAUUAACUGAAUUCUUAUGGAUAAAUAUUCUACAACCAUUGUGUGUAUGUAUGUAUGUAUGUAUUACUAAACUUACUAUGACUUGUGUAAUUAACAGCCUCCCAAUAUAGAUUAAAUCUGA